AUGGAGGCGCAUCACUGUCCGAUCUGCCAACUUUCCUGGACGGGGCCGCGGGAGUCGCGGCAGCUUCAUGAAGCUGGCAAGACCCAUCGCAAACGUCUCUUGAAUCCGCGCACACCUGCCGCUGCAGUUGAGGGUCCGCGCUGGUCGCGGCCGCUUCGGCCCCCGGGGAAACGGGAUCCACCGGCCGCCACGGCCACGUGCUUCUGGCCCUGGGCGGACGAUGCCGACUUCGGGCAGAUCGCGGAGCGCUUCGUUUUGGGGCUCGGGCCGGAGAGAGAUGGGAGCUCCUUAACGGAAGCUGCUGCGUCCGCGCAAGCGCAGAAGGCGCGGGCGGUUCAGGACCACAUGCGGCGCUGCACGCAGCAGCCGGAGGACUUUCGAGACCUCGACGCCCUUUGGGGGUACGCAAAGGAGAAGUUCGCUCUGCGCGCCUCGAUGGCCUUCAACGCCUUGCAGCGCUUCGCGUCCGCGUCGCUUCGAGCCAAGCUGGCGGGGCCGCUGCGAGUGUGCGCCUUGGGGGGCGGCCCCGGCGCGGAGCUUCUCGCCGCUGUGGUGGCAAGAGACAUUGCGGGCGGCAGCCAUGGACGACUGGCGGUGUACGAGUGGGUUGACACGUGGCAGCCCAUCGUCGACGCAGUGGCCAACUUGAUUGGUGAAGAGAUCGGCUACUAUCAUUGCGAUGUGUCCAAGCCCUUGGGCGACGAGGCGAACACAGCGCUGCAGGAUGCCGAGUAUGACCUCUUCAUCCUGUCCCAUGUGCUGCUGGAGUGCGGCCGCGGCGGCGGCCGGGCGCCGCUGCAGCUGCUGCGCGACCUCUGGGCGAGCGACGCGUGCGAGGUCCUAGUGCUGGAUGCUGGUCAAGCCAAAGGCCGUGACUGUCGCUCCAGACCGCUCGCCGGGUCACUUCGGCUGGUGGAGCAGCUUGCUGGCCCAAGGCCCAGCGAGAGUGGAGCGCGCGCCCAAUCCGUGGCCUCCAGGCGAGCUUGGGGCGGAUUUGAUCCGAGUCAACGGCGCCAGCCGAACUGA